UAGAAAAAAGAAUUUAACAGGUCGGGCGGAAGAAAACCGAGUGGAGAGAAUCACAACAUAGCGUAUUUAUUUGUCUUUCCACUUGAUCCAGCUCAUUUAUAGAAUUAUGCAGUAAUGUGAUGGCUACUAUUCAACACGUUAACACCAUACAGUCUGAAGGCUGAGAACUACUUUAUUCUGAUAUCUUUCUUGAGGAAAGAGGCUUCCAAGAGAACCACCAUCUUCAUUUCAAAAUAUACCUGUUCCCAGAAUGGAUUACAGCAAGGCAGUAGAAGCAGCCAUUGCUCAGGGUGCUGAAUACAAUCAGGCCAUGAAUGCCCGUGAGAAUGGAUUCAUACUGCCAUCAGACCAGCAAGGAGGUCCUCAAACUGCUCCUCCGGCAGUACCCAACAUCCACAACAAGAUGCCUUCCAUGCCCCAGGCUGCCUACACAGACCAAAGAGAACCAACACCGAACCCCAACCACCAAGGCACCAUGGAACCUAAUCACCAGACAGCCAUGGAUCCUAACCAUCAAGGCACCUUGGACUCCAAUCAUCAAGCAGGCAUGGACACUAACCAACAAGGCACCAUGGACCCCAAUCAUCAGGGCACCUUGGACCCCAACCAUCAGGUUGCUAUGGAGUCUAGUCAUCAGGCAGCCAUGGACCCUAACCACCGUGGCACAAUAGACCCAGGCACUGCAACUGGGAUGGAACCUAAUCCCAAUAUGAACACCAGCAUGGACUCUAACACUAAUGUUCCAAUGGAGGCAGGUUCCAACUUGAAUAGCAGCAUGGAGACUUCCACAGAGCAGAAGCACAUUGCAGAGACAAGUAUGGAAGAAGGCACCAUGAUGCCAUCCUACGAUGAAGGGGACGAUGAUGAAAUUGGUAACCCUUCAAAUCUCUUUGACACCAAGAGUUCUAACCCCAUCUUGGUGAGGGGUAGUUGGCAGUGGAUGUGUAAUCAGUGUCCAAAGAGUUACACUAGUAAAAGUAAUCUCAUCGCCCAUCUUUUGGAUCAUUGUGGGAUCAAGCCACACAUGUGUUUGGCAUGUGGAAAGAGCUUUAAGCAGGUUGCCCACCUCAACACUCACAGAGUAAUCCAUACAGGCAGAAGGAAGCACAUAUGUCCAAUCUGUGGGAGGGGAUUCAAUCAGAGAGUCCACCUGAAGCGACACAUGGUAACCCACAAUAUUAACGUUGCUUGCACAUGUGAGCUGUGUGGACGCAAGUUUGCCUUCCCUUCAGAGCUGCAGUUUCACCACAAGAAGGUACAUAGGAAGCGAAGCGGCCCUCCCAAGAAGGUCAAUCGAAGUCCUUCAAGUGAUAGUGACAAUCUACAACACUUUAAUGCUUCUGCAACCAUGCACCCUAUGAUUGCCUCUCAAAAUCAAAUGCCUCCUAUUGGUGGUGUCAAACGUCAGGGCAAGUAUGCAAAUAUUCCUGAAGGAACGCAGUAUAUGCCAUCUGGCAGGAGACGUACAAAAGCCAUGAAAGCACAAGCGCUCGCUCAAAUGCAGGCUGCUCAGAUGCAAGCUGCUUAUGGCAAAAUGCCUGUAGGAGCGGUGAGGAGACCAUCAAAUGAUCACAUGCCUAUAUCUCCAGGGCAUCUACCAGUUGGAGGAGACCACAUGCCACAUUCAUCAAAUCACAUGUUGCAGAGAAAUGACCGUACCCCACCAAGACAUCCCCAGCUGUCUCCUAGAAAUGAUAGAAUGUCUCCAAGAAGUGAUCCAAAUGCUGAAGGAGGUGAUCAAAUGUAUCAGAAAAACGAUCAAACUCCACCCAGAGGUGAUCAGGUUCCCCAGAGGCAGGACAGUGUAUCUUCAAGGAGUAGUGCCAUGUCGCCAGGGCAUGAUCACAUGAAACAGCAGUUUAGUCAUGGUGGGUCACAGUCUCCUCGAGGAUCGGAACAUGGACCCCAUGAUGAUGGUCUCCUUCCUGCAGAGCUAUUUCAACCAGAGCUUGUUCACCCAGAUGCUGGUAAGGCUGUCCUUCAGCCCGAUGCUAUGGAAACACUGCGUUUUCAGCCUACACGGAACUGUCCUGCAACCCAACGUUUUCGUAAUCGAUCACCAAAUGAUUCUCCAAGAAAAUCCACAAAGAAGAAAGGAGCACCCCUUAAACCUGAACUGACUUGCACAGAAUGUGGAAGGCAGUUUGCCUUUCCAUUUGAAUUGCGAGAUCAUUUAGCAAGGCACAGAGAUGUACGACCUCAUGUUUGCUCUGAAUGUGGACACCAGUUCUUCAAGGAGCACCAUCUUAAACAACAUCAGUUGAUCCAUUCAGGUUUGAAGCCAUUUAGGUGUCACAUUUGCGACCGAGCCUUUGCUCUUAAGGCUAACAUGCUUCGCCAUGCCAAACUCCAUAUUAACAACCGACAAUACAAAUGCCAAAUUUGUGACAAGUCUUUCUCGCAAAAGCAGACUCUCAGUAAUCAUAUGGUUGUCCACAAAGAUGAGAAACCAUUCUCCUGCAACAUCUGUGGCAAGAAGUUCAGUCGCAAGGUGAAUCUUGAUAGCCAUGUGUACCUCCAUUUUGGGAACAAACCUUUUAAAUGUUCCAUUUGUGGCAGCAAGUACAACAACAAGGGAAAUCUCAAGAGGCAUGUUAAGAAUAAACAUGGUUUAGAUGCUGACUUGCAGUCUGAUGGGGAAAAGGAGGAAAAUGAAAGUGGAGAGAUUGCUGAUGAUAGCCAGGAAGUUGAUGAGGCAGGGAGGGUGGGUCUUGAUACAAGUGAAGAGGUACCUGGUGAAGGAGAAGCAGAUAUGACUCAAGUAUCAAGUGAUGGCGAUGUCAGUACUGAUGAACAGGUACCUGCUACACAACCUAACUUCAAUGAAAAUCCACAGCCUCUAGCUGUCACACCUGGACAACAACCAUCUUAUGAUUCUACAAACCAGGAAGACUUCGAAGAGGAAUCCGCACAACCCUCAAAACGCCAGCAAACAUUUGAACAAACUCCUCAACCGAGCUCUACCCAACAGCAUUUUAGUGACCACCCACGUCCAGUGAGUCAGUCAAGUUAUGAGGAGCCUGAACGUCCUUUGAGCCAAAGACAUUAUUCUGAAGCCGAAGAAGCCCCAACUCCGGCCCCUGCACCUUCACAACAAGACUAUGUGAACCGGGAACAUCCACGGAGACAAAGUUACGGAGAGCAAGAGCAAACUCGUGCCCCAGAGAGCUAUGGGAACAGUGAAUACAUUCGGCAACCAAGUUAUCCAACUCACGAGCGUCUCGCGAUCCCCGAGGCAUACAGAACUCCGGAGCAUGCUCACCCACAGCCUUCAUUUCCUGAUCAUGACCAGGCCAUUCAUCCUCGGAACUAUGUCAGUCGUGAGCCUCCACGUCAGCCCCUGGUCUAUACCGAUCACCACCGUCCCACAAAUCUGGAAAGCUAUGUGCCUCGCGAUCAGGUGGGUGGUCGGGAAAGUUACCCUCCAUACCAUACCCAAGCUGCCUAUCCAAGGCAUGCAUAUCAUCAUGUAGAGAGGUUCAAGAUUGAACAAGGGGAGGCCAUGGCACCACAGAAUCCCAUGUUAAUGCAUUCUAAUAUGGGACUACAGAUGUGAAUCACUGAAAUUGUAAGUAGACCUCAUGAAAAUAUGAAUGUAGACUUGAACUUCAGAGUACUGAUCAUUGGAUUGAAGUUUGAAUCAAUUGCAAGAAACUCUUCCCAUCAAGUAAAGCAUCCUGAAAAAAUGUUAAUCCUGAAAGAUGUUGAAUCUUUAAUUCUAUACUCCUCGAAUAUAAAACACCUCUUUCACAAACUCCAUAUAUUGACGUAUUUGAAAUGUUUGUAAUGCACAUUGCUACUACAGAGGUGCUGAUAUGUUGAAAACAAGUUCAUGGCCUCCCUUUUACUGAUUUUCCCUCUUUAGUAAAUUUCUUUUUCUUCAACUGAAGUUUUAUUUUUCAAUGUGCCCUCUACAGCAUAACCAUGUACUUAAAAAAAUUGUAAAUUUCAAACUUUUGUGAUUUUUUUCUCUCUCAAACGAGCAUGUACACAUGUACCUUGAAAAUAAAUACACUGGUCCCAUUAUAUAAUUUUGUGACCUCCAUCUUUGGUAUACAUUUCUAAUGGAAUUUAGAUGAAUUAAUUUGUAAGUCACAACAUGUACAAGAACGACACUGUACAUGUUGUGUUGGUUACAGUAAUGGCUAAAGCUGAUAAAAAGUAAAAUUUGUAAGGACUUGAAAGAUGCUGAAGUAUAUCUUAGAAUUUGUUACAUGACUGCUUACUAUUUACUAAUUAUGUUUAUUGAAUAUAAUUGUACAAUUUCACACCAUUCAUGCUAGAUUUCAAUUUAUAUCAGCAGUUUGUACAGUGUUCAUAUAUACAUGUACAUGUAUGCAGAGGAUGUGAUAUUAAACAUGUACAUUAUAUACACGUAUGUACAGGCUUGUAUCUACAGCAGUUUGAAAAUAUGCUUUGUAAAGAAAUUGUAAAGGUAAAU